CAGGCUGGUAAGUGAUGGCCUCUGCAGACAGAACCCAAAUCUCAGCAUUGCACUGAAUCCAGCAUUUAGAGAGUGACAUGUGGGUGUAGCCAGCUUCCACCUGAAGUAUGCUCCAGGCACCAGGACAAUAUCGAAGAUUUCAAGUAUGGCUAAAGACUUCCGCUAUUAUUUCCAGCAUCCAUGGUCGCGGAUAGUUAUUGCUUACUUGGUGACAUUUUUUAAUUUUUUAAUAUUUGCUGAGGAUCCCGUGUCUCAUAGCCAAACAGAAGCCAAUGUCAUCGUUGUUGGGAACUGCUUUUCGUUCAUCAUGACUAAAUACCCAGGAGGAGCUUGGAACUUUUUAAAAGUCAUCCUUUGGCUUAUUGCCAUCACAGUUGGAUUGAUUGCGGGGAAGUUUAUUUUUCAUCAACGUUUAUUUGGUCAGUUUCUCCGUCUGAAAGUGUUUAGAGAUGAUCAUGGCUCCUGGAUGACCAUGUUUUUCAGCACCAUACUUUUUCUCUUCAUCUUUUCCCAUAUCUACAACAUUUUUCUUCUUAUAGCUGGCAACAUGAGUCCUUACAUUAUAACCGAAUAUAUGGGCAUCAGGAAUGAGAGCUUUAUGAAGGUUGCAGCAGUUGGAACGUGGAUGGGAGACUUUGUUACAGCCUGGAUGGUGACCGAUAUGAUGCUUCAGGACAAUCAGUACCCUUACUGGGGAAAAUCAGCAAGAGCCUUCUGGAGAAGGGGAAAUAUCCGUAUUAUACUGUUUUGGACUGUUUUGUUCAGCCUGACCUCUGUGGUUGUUCUUGUCAUUACUACUGACUGGAUAAGCUGGGACAAGCUGAAUCGUGGGUUUUUGCCCAGUGAUGAGGUCUCGAGAGCUUUUUUGGCUUCAUUUAUCUUGGUGUUUGACCUUCUUAUUGUGAUGCAGGAUUGGGAAUUUCCUCACUUCAUGGGUGAUGUGGAUGUCAAUCUCCCUGGUUUACCUACUUCUCACAUGCAGUUUAGAGUGCCAUACUGCCAAAGGAUAUUCAAAGAGGAAUACCAUAUACAUAUAACAGGUAAAUGGUUUAACUAUGGCAUUAUAUUCCUUGUAUUAAUCCUUGACCUGAAUAUGUGGAAGAACCAAAUGUUUUACCAGCCUUCAGCCUAUGGUCAAUAUAUAGGCCCUGGCCAGAAGAUAUAUACAGUGGAAGAUGCUGAAAGCUUACAAAAUCUUAAUCAGACAACUUUAUCCUGGGAAUGGCGAUCAAACAAUACUGACCCAUAUACUAAUAAAACUUUUGUUGAUGGAGAUAUGUUCUUACACAGUAGAUUUAUUGGAGCAAGCCUGAAUGUGAAAUGCUUGGCUUUCAUUCCAAGUCUUAUGGCAUUUGCGUUAUUUGGAUUCUUUAUUUCAUUAUUUGGGCGAUUUCAGAAAAGUGAACAAGGAAUGGAGAAUAAAGAUAAAUCUUACAAACGCAUCAACAGGAAAUCUCCUUCUGAACACAGCAAGGAGAUGGGAAUGACCAUCGAGAACCUCCAGGCUGUUGUAGAGGAACCUUUAUGCUUACAUGAUGCAACACUCCUAGCUCCCAGGACAAGAGAAAAUGAAAUCCUGUGUUAUCCUCCAGCAACUGAAUCGGAUAAUCUUUCUUCUUUAACACAAGCAGAGCCAGCUGCCGACAUUGUUCCUUAUGCUGAUCCAAUUAGCUAACAAUGUUACGAGCAAACGUUGCAAUAGAAUCAUAUAUAGACAUAUACAGUGCAUUCAGAAAAUAUUCAGACCCUUUCACUUUUUUGACAUUUUGUUAUUCUGUGGCCUUCUGCCAAGAUAAAAAAAUAAAAAAAAGCUUCCCCCUGAUUAGUCUUCACUCAAUUCCCCAGAAUGACAAAGUGAAAACAGAGUUUUUAGAAAUUAUUGCGGCAUAGUAACCCUGGAAAACCCCUUUAAACCCCUUCAAGACCAAACCCAUUUUCAUUUUUGCAUAUUUUGUUUCUUUUUCCCCACAUUCUCAGACCCAUUCCUUUUUUAAUUUUCUGUUCACAUACCCAUAUAAGGGCAUAUUUUUUUGCUGGACAAGUUCUAUUUUUUAAUGGCACCAUUUAAAUAAUCAUGUCUUGUAUUGGAAAACAGGAAAAAAAAAAAUCUUUGUGGGGUGAAAUAACAAAAACAAAUUCCACUAAGGUUUUUUGGGUUGUGACAUUACAGUGUUCACUGCGGGUCAAUACAAUUACGGUGAUACCAAACUUGUAUGGGUUUUAUUUUGUCUUACUGCUUUAAAAAUAAAUAAAAAGGUUUUAAAAAAUCAAAGAUUUCUUUGCUUCGCCAUUUUCUAACAGUCAAGUUUUUUCAUUUCCAUCCGCAAAGCUGUAUUAGGGCCUAAUAGAGAUCUAUAUGCACAAGGCACAGCUUCGCAGGCAGAUUACUAAUGACAGCCCCGGGAAGCUUUAGCAGGCCCCAGGCUGUCAUGGUAACCUAUUUCACUGCAGGGGUCUUGAUUGGAAGACAGAGGGAGUCACAUCCCUCUUCCUGACCUCACAGAUGUCACGAUGGCUGUGGAUUAUGGUGUCUGAGGGGUUAAAUGACGGGGUUUGGCGUGAUCAUCGUUCCACAUCAUUUCAAUGUGUGAAUAUUUGGAAGAACCAAAUCUUUGACACGCCUUUGGCCUAUGGUCAAUAUAUAGGCCCUGGCCAGAAUAUAUAUACAGUGGAAGAUGCUGAAAGCGUAUGAAAUCUUAAUCUGACAACCUUAUCAUGGGAAUGGAGAUCAAACAAUACUGACCGAUUUAUUGGAGCAAGCCUCAAUGUGAAAUGCUUGGCUUUUAUUCCAAUUAGCAAAUAUUGUAAACAUUUUGUUUGCUGAAUGAUGGGCAAAAACUUUUUUUUUUUAACUUUAGCACAAGGCUGCAACAAAACAAAAUGCGAAUAAAGUGAACGGGUCUGAAGACUUUCCGAAUGCAUUAUAUAUAUAUAUAUAUAUAUAUGUUAUAGAGAGAGGGUCCUUACCUUUUGUAACAAAUAUGUACAGUAUAUAAUGUUUACAAACUGCUCACAGAUUGCAAAUUAAUCUGGUGCUCAAAAAGUUACAACCCACACAUUUUUGUAUUUUGUAUUUUGCUAUAUGUGCCUAUACAAGACAUUCCUUAAAAGAAAUCUGUCAGGUUAGAUAGCCUUUUCCUCAAGUGGAAGACUGAAUUGUUAUACUGACUCUUCAACCACUCCCUAUACCAGUAAUAAUCCAUAAAUAUCUCUUAAAGGGAUUUUCCGUGAGUAAGAUACAAAGACCUACACACUGAUUAGUGGGGGUCCGACACACAGCACCGCCACUGAUCAGCUGUUUGAGAAGAUCAUGGUGCUCUUGUGAUUGCUGCAGCCACUUCGCACCUCAAUAGAACUAAUCUGAACCUAGGCCAUGUGACCAAUGAAUGUGACAUCGCUGGCCUAGGAAAAGGCCACAGUGCUCACCAGACUGCCACAACCUCUUCAACAGCUGAGCAGUGAGGGUUCCAGGAGUUGGACCCAAAACACUCAGAUAUUGAUGACCUAUCCUGAGUUUAGUGAAGACUCUUUAAGAAAAGUGUCUUUACUAAACCUCAGAGAAAUGCAAACAAUUAAAUGACAUACUGUACGGGAAAUGUAAAAGAUUUUUGUGCUGGAGGUACUCAAGGUGAACGCUCUUACAUCAAAAGGAGGAAAACUUCAAUAAGUAGUGAAAUGCGUCUGUCAUGACAUAUUUGUUUUAAAAAGCAGAUCUACAUAGGACUUGUAGAUACAUUUAUAAGAAACCGCAAUAUGCCAUGCCAACUGAACACAUCAAAUUAUAAAAGUGUAAUUCUUCAUUUUAUCUAUUUAUUUUAGUCACUUAUAUAGCACUGACGUAUUCUGCACCACUUUACAGACAUUAUCAUCAUGCUGUCCCCAGUGGAGUUCCCUAUCAGUAUGUCUUUGGAGGAGUACCCGGAGGAAACCCAUGCAAAUAUGGGAGAACAUACAAACUCAGUGCAAAUGUAGUCCUUGGUCAGAUUCGAACCUAGGACCCCAGAAAACCUAGGACCCCCUCGUUUCUUCUAGAGUUACACUUAUCUGAUGGAGAUUCUGUUUUGACUCCAUUCUAUUUUUGAUAAUCUGCACAAAAAAUGGCAACUUCCGUAGACACCAUUUUGACAUUUAAAAGUGCCAUCCUCAUCACAAAGCAUCAUGGUGUGUUUUUGCUUGCGUUCUUUUUUUUUUUUUUACACACCUGAUGGGGUAUAUAUAUGGACAAUUUAUAGUAGACUUUCCAAAUAAAAGUAGACUGACACCAAUACAUGAGAAAAUGUAUCUAGGAUUAGCAUCUAUUGUAUUCUUAUCAGUACAUAUGGCUCCUAUGGGUCCCUUAGGUAGAGUGGCCCAGAUAGGUUUUGUUUAAUGGAUGUUGAAAUCAAGUGCAGGGAUCCUCUCUCCACAGGUCUGACAAACAGGGAUAUUGGGGGACAACAAGCACCAAGUCCUCCUGUCUGAUGGUGCCCAUUUUAUUCUUUGCUAUAGGGCUCCCCAAAUGUAUGUGAUCUCCUGAUCAGGUAACAGUAAAUAGUACAAGAAAAUAAACUAUUAUAUUGGCUGCUAUAGGUUACAUAUAGUGCGUGGAUUUAAUUAUUAACUUACUUUCCUUUAAGUGUAAAGUAUACAAAAUAACUUUGAUUUUUCUAGAUGUGUGCCUUGAUUGUAAAUAUUUUUAGAAACCAUAUUUUAAAAUGUAUUUUUACCUUUUUUUUUAUUCUGUAUUUAUUUGUCCUGUAAUUUGCUUUGACACUGCAAUGUAUUCUAAUAGACUUGCAGCCAAGAUGGAAGCAAAGGUAGAUAAGCCAUUCAUUGUUUGGUAAAGUGAGUACAUGUAGAAAAUAGUGACAUACACUAUGAAAUGUACAUUAUUUCCUGCAUGGUAGAGUCAAUUGUCUUUUAGAUCCUCUUAUGUAUACAAUAGCACCAGUGCUUUUACUAAAAAUCCAACGGCACCAGUAUAUCUGUGAGUAUCUAGGGGAACUUACCAAAUCCCUAAUAUACAAAUGUAAAUUCCCAAUAUUUACUUGGUGUACUCACACUGUUGACACCUUUAAAAGAUUUUCUGGGGGUUUAAUAUUGAGGGGCUAUCCUCAGGCUAAUCAGCUGUUUGAAGAGGGAGCAGCAUUCCGGUGAACACUGUAGCCUCCUCACAGGUUACCAAGCACAGAGCCAUGCAUUGCAGCCACUUGUGACCAAUGAAUGUGACGUCACUGGCCUAGGAAAAGGCCACAAGAGCGCUGGGGUCUCUUCAAACAGUUGAUCGGUGGGGGUGCUAGGAGUCUGACCCCCAACGAUUAGAUACUCAUGGCCAAUCUUGAGGAUAGGCAAUCAAUAUUUUAUUCCCAGAAAACCUCUUUAAAUAACCACUGAAGGAGCAAUAUCUAGGGCCACCACCUCUGGUUAUGAUCACUUGGAUACUAGUGACUGUUUACUGGUCCUGUGUAAUGCCACACUGCUGGUAUGGAGUACUGUAGAGACAAACCUAAGAACGCAGUCUGACAUACAUGUAAUUCUUCAUCAGGAACAGUCUGUCUAUACAAUUGUUCUUUAAACAGAAUUCCGACCUCCAUGGUAAUUAUUGGUCUAGUCUCCACAAUGCCUCUACCUCUUGUUCAUGCAUCAACAGUGCUGGUUCUCUUCAAUGAGUGCUUUUGAUGUACAAUAAUUAUCAUAGAUGUCUGGAUUCUAGAGUCUGUCUACGCUAUUCCUGAUAAAGAAUAAUACAUGUUCUCGGAUGUGGACGUUUUCAUAAUUUGGAACUGACUGAACCAGUCCACAGCAUAGCAAGUCUCACUGCCCAGGGGAGGCAAGCUGUUUAUGCACUGUCCGUUUGUUUUCCGGUGUCGCAUGUGCUGUGUACUUUUAGUAGGCUUACAGUAUUAUCUAGUGUUGAGCAAAUCGAAGUCCACAAAGUGGACCUCUAUCCGAAUUUCAGGACAAAUUAGAUUUGACGUGAAGCCAAAUUUCCUCAUGCAUCAUGGUAGUGAAUCAAUUUAACUUGAAA